AUGGCUACCACGGAAGUGGAGCGUAGACGUGGCCAGCUUGCUGCUCUGUCCAUAGCAGCGGUGGUCAUCAUCGUGGGAGUCCCUCUGUGGUGGCGAACGACUGAAACGUACCGUGCCUGGCUGCCUGUCAGUCAGAUACAAGAGUUGUCUAAGCUGCAGCUACAUUUGAGCGCUGAUGUGGAGGUUGUGUUUGCACGUGGAACCGUGACGCCAGAGCAGCAGAAGAAGGUCCCACUGACACAGACGCAGGAUGAGGAGCACAUAGUAGAUGAGGACACAGCUUUGAGGUACAGGUAUGAGACACGGUAUCGCACGGCUACAAUCAUGGAGGAGGACGCCCUGAACCAGCCCACUGCUGCAGAGGCAGAUCUUUCUCUACAUACACUCAGUGAGAGUCCGUGUGGUUCUUUGGUUGUGUAUGUGAUCCCAGAGUCAUCUACACUGCUGCUUGAGGAUACUGACGUAUAUGUCGGUCAGCGACGGACAGCCUUGCUGCGUAUUGGUGCCCAGAUGAGAGUCGGCAGGACGCUAGAGCAAUUGUUGGCUCACCUGGAGCCUCGGAUCCAGCAGGUGCUGCAUGUGAUGUCUUUUAGCCACACAGACAUCACAGCUGCCCUCAGCGACCGAGUCCGUCUUAGCCCCGGCAACAAAGAGAGCAUAGCCGACAGUAUGAGAGCUUUUAAAUCCAGCCCAGGUUAUGAGAUUACAUUCAGUCUGUUGAACCCAGACCCAAAGUCACACCGGCUGUACUGGGACAUAGAGGGUGCUGUGCAGACCUACAUCCAACCUUUGCUUACAAAACUGUCUCCUGUGGCCAACUUUAGCAUUGACUCUCAGACUUUGCACUAUGCCAUGCUCGGUGUCAACCCUCGCUUUGACAGCAGCCGUAACGCCUACACACUCAUCGCUGACAGCCUUGCACAUGUCAUCAACCCUGUGGAGGCUAGACUGGGCUCUAACGCUGCAUCUUCCAACCCAGUGCUGAAUUUUCUGCUGUACGUCCCAGAUGCCCACCACUCACCCCUUUACAUUCACGACCACAAGAAACAAGAAGUGCCUUCAAAUGCGUUUCACUCUCCACGUUGGGGUGGAAUCAUGGUCUAUAAUGUUGAUGGAUUCUAUGGACCAGAAGCUGUGUUCCCUGUUGACAUCAACAUUAAUAUGGCCAAAGUCAUGGGAGUCUUCCUUGCACAGCUACGACUGCUGCUCGGGGUUCAGUCGUCUACCCCUCCCCCAGGCUUUGUGGUUGCACCGUGUGGUAGUACAGGACUGGCUGAUUGGGAGCUGGACCGCCUCAUGUGGAGUCGGAGUGUGGAAAACGUAGCAACGGCAACCACCACCAUCACCUCUCUGGCGCAGCUGCUGGACCAGAUAGGCAACAUUGUUAUCAAUGACAACAUUGCUGAACAGGUGUCCAGUGCUCUCACAUCACUGCAGCUGGCUGUGGCUGAGUUGGAGGCCGGGAACCUCGGCUUUGCUCUGCAGUACAGUAAAGAGGCCAUCUUGGCAUCAGAGAGAGCCUUCUUCGACCCUUCUCUCCUCCACCUCCUCUACUUUCCCGAUGACCAGAAGUUUGCCAUCUACAUACCUCUCUUCCUGCCCAUGUGUGUGCCUAUUCUGCUGUCACUGCUCAAAAUAGUGUCUGAGGCAAGACAGAAACGCAGAGAAAAGCAAGCCAAGAAGGACUAAGAGACACAAGAUGGGACGAAUAUAAGGUCUGAACACAAAUGGCAUAAUGAAUAAAUGUUUAUGUCAGUGGCCUUGACAUUUAGGUACAGAGGUAGGCAUGAAGAAAUGUUCAUAUGGAGCACUGAGGUGUGGGUUUCACAAAUUAGUUGAGUAUUAUACUUUUUGUUUCAUGUGAAGAAUCGUGUUUAUUAUUGUGAAGAUUUUAAGGAAUGACUGCUGUGACUGUCAAACACUGUACAGUUUAAAGCUUGGAUUGUUAUAAAUGUGUUUUUAUAUUUGAAUUCAACUUUCUAAGUUAUUAACAAAUAAACAAAUAAACUCACAGCUAGAGUUCUAUCUGUUUUUUUUGUUUGUUUGUUUUUUUGACAGUUAUUAGAUUUUAUAUGAAUAUCAAAUACAUUCGGGAGACACAUCUGUCUAAAGCGUCAUACACUAAGUUUAGUCCAAGUUGAGCAUUUAAGUUUGUUCCUAACAU